AUGUUGAAUGGACAUGUAGUCAGCAGACCAAUUUCAAUUCGACGAGACGGAAAAAUGGCUGAAAAGCUGGAAAAGCAAGAAAAUCAAAAUUUUCUUGUUGCCUACCUUAAAGCAUCAAGUUUUCAUGGAGUUCGCCAUUUGACGAAUUUCCGUCGAAAUCAUCCUUUUGAAACAGGUUUUUGGAGUCUCGCAAUCUUAACGUUUGCGGUAUGGUCAGCUGUCAACGCAUCACUUCUAUGGACAAGAUACUUUACCAAUCCUACAGUGAUUACAAUAGAUCGUGAAUAUUUGAAUCGAAAUAUCACUUUUCCUCCCAUGACUUUAUGCCUUUACGAGAAACUCAAUGAGUCAGCAAUGAACGAAUUUCUGAUUGAGAAAAGUUUUAAUGAAACCAGACGUGCUGAUCCGAAGCUCAGAAGUUUCAUGAACAGUUUAGCGCACUUCAGAAUCGACAAUUUACACGAAUUGGCAAAUGCGAAAGAAAAUUUCUUCGAUAUCGAAGAUUAUAUUUCUAUUAUUAUGAGGAUAUCUAACAAAUUCCCACAUCACAUCACGAUAACUUCAUCCAAUGAAAUUUACUACUUUGAACCAAUUCUGAGUGAACAGUUAGGUCUCUGUUAUAGUUUCAAUUCGAGGAUUUCUACUCUUCUUUCACCAAAUUAUCUCUUGACAGGAAAUUUAGAAAAUAAUUCGACUGACAAAUUGUUAGAGGAAGUAAAUUAUUUUGACGGAGAUGCAAGCGCUGUUACUGAUGGUUUAUCCAACAGCGCUGAUAUUUACUAUCAUGGACCAAAUGAACUCCCCUCGAAACUCAAGAAAAUAACAAAUGAAGAUCCGGAGCAGAAAAGUUACAUUUCACUAGUGCUAAUUCCAGUUAUAAUAAAAUCUCAGAAAAAUACUCGAGACUUGUUUGAAUUUCAGCGAAAAUGCAAAUUUGAGGAUGAGUCCGAUCUCGAGUAUUUUCCACAAAUCUACACUCAGGAUUUGUGCCAACUCGAAUGUCGCAUGAAAAAGUUUCUGGAGUUUUGCGACUGCCUUCCAUUCUUCUACAAGAGAAAAGGUGUGAGCUAUGCACUCGUCGAUGCACUCCAACGUAACAAUGACUGUCAAUGUUUGAAGGAUUGCAAUGAAAUUAAAUAUUCAGUGCAGGCAUCUAAUACAAUGUUCUGGUUUCAUGACUCUCGGGUAUCAUGGAUGGUAACCCAAACAAAAGUUAUUUAUAAUCGUGAACUCAUCCAUGGAUUCACUGAAACUUUAAUAUCGUCGGGGGCAAACUUAUCACUUUUCUUGGGCAUGAGUACUUUAAGCGUGAUAUUUGUGAAACAUUUAACAUAA